AUGUGGUACCUAGGAGAACCAUCUUGGAGGCAAAAUCAUCCUACUUUUGGAAUUCCUAGAAAUCCACCAUUUAAAAUUGGCGAGGUCAGUCAUGAGAAAGCAAAACUUGUGAAAGAAGCUGGAUGGGUAGAUGCAAAUAUGUUUGUGAAAGCUGUUUCAUAUAAUAUGUAUCUGCGAUAUUGGCGACAUGUAACUAACUUCCAUCAAUUCGUGACCAAAGUCGAUUGGGUAGUUGAAUUACACGGGGUUGAUGGUGACCGUGUUAAACACCUUAUUCAACGACCUGCUCAGCAUGUACCUAUUCCACCACCACAACAAUUAUCAUACCCUGAAGCUUAUAAUCUGGUUCAAGAACAUGCCGAUUUUAAUCGUGCGUUUCGCGAGUUUGUAUUAUAUGAAACGGAAGACAGGAUGAUACGUUUAAAGGCAAAAGAUGAAGUAAUACGAGGCCUUGCAGCUCGUAACAAUUACCUGGAGGAUCAGAUGCAAUUCCGUAUGCAACAAACGCCGCGUCCCCCUAUUGGAUUCGGCAGUUUUUCUGAAACUAUCCCACCAGCGGUGUGGGCUCCAGUGAGUCAAGCAUCAACAAUGUCGUCUGUUAACCCCCUCCGAGAAUGA